CGAAGCACAUAUACGACGGCAAGAACGAACCUCUGUUGUCUUCAGUCAGCACAACAUCGAUCAGACACUGUAUUUACCAAGUGUCUCUUGUUUCCAAUCUUUGCGUUACUCAUUCUUCAGACCUAGAUCAGCUUCAUAGGUCAUGGCUACUCAUACACCGAACAGAAGCAUACAAAAUCGCCAGUAUGUCGUAAAAAUCGAAGCUCAACCAAACAGUGUUCAAGAGAAGUCGCUCGCCAGUACCAAUCUUCCUCGCAACGUGGAGUUAGGACCCGUUAAUGAUCUCGAAUCUGGAUUAUUGGGCAUUUUCAAUGUCGAUGAUCAUUCUGAUGUCAAUUCAGAGACACCUCUACCACUGCCUUCAACGGGAACAGCGUCCACAGCCUCCUCUCCAGGCACAAUCGAUGACAUCUGGGAUUCGCCCCUACCGUCAUCGCAUCAUCUCAGCCCAACCUGCAGCGACGUUACGUUGACGCCGUUGACACCGCCAUCAGCGCAUUAUGUGUCUCCGGACUCAUCUCCUGCACCCCGGGCAUAUAAAGCAUUGCCAGUGAAAUGCGUCGAGGAAGGAGGGGCAAGGGACGCAUUAGCGACUCUAAACGCAAGUCACUGCGCCAAAACAAACUUGGGGAUCGACCCUACCCAAGAUGAAGAUUACUUCUUCAAGCCGCAGAAGUUGAUCCGCAACCUGACCAAAGAGCUUCAAGCCAUCGCGAACGCCAAUGCGGCCGCAGCUCAGCCAUGCUACAAUUUGAGACCUGACUUCAAUUUUGGGGGAGCCACUGAGUCCAAAACUUCUGCUCGGCCACAUCGUUCGAUAGUCGUGACGAGGCAUGAUGCAAGGAGUGAGUCAAAGCCCCAGAUAGAAGUCAAACGCACCGCAGAAAUAAGCGACAAGAACAGCCUGCCGCGCACUCAGAUGGCUUCGAACCUACUCCAUACGACCUUGGAGCACAUCGUUCCCAUGACUAUCCAAUCCAGGGUCAUGGAAAACCAUGGAAAGUGUGUUGCCUCGAAGGUAGGGAAGCCGCAGGAGAGGUGCUCCUCGAAAAGUCCAGGACUUGGAAUUGACAUUAUAUCUCGGAACCUCUCGAGGUGCAAUGUCGAGGCCGAUCCCUCGGGGGUUCUUGAACACAUCGAGCGACUUGUUGAAGCAGUCAUGUGUGGAACUCAUCGGAACGUAGCGCGGUCGAGCAAAAGGCAGGAGAAAUUGAAGAACUUGGCGACCUGCUUCGUAAAAUUGUCGGGUGCGGAACGUACAGAAUUCCAAGCAUGGUUGAGUGCAAUUGCGCCCCGCCAUCUGCCCACGGGAGUCCAACCUACGACAGUGCAUAUUCCGCAGAAGGAUACAAAGAGCGCAGCCAGCAAGACCCUCGAAACUCGAGAUAAACCGGUAGCGCCAUCGGCGACCAAAAAGAACCCCGCUGGUGAUACCUGGAAGCAAGCACAUCUUCCAGGAUUUAGGGCUUAUCAACCGAAGUCCACAAAAGAUCAAAGCAUAUCGACUGCAUUGCACAGAGAAAUCAUCAAGCCACUCCCGCCCUCUUCCCUGAAGGAUGGCUUCAUAUAUGUCUUUUGGGACAAGGAACAUUUCGGGAAAGUCAAAAUCGGACGUACCAAUGACCUCGAACGUCGUCUCAAGGAAUGGAACCGGGAUUGCAAUCGGAUACACAUGUACCAUCCCGCCUCGCAACGUGAAGAGCUCUCGAAGAUCCCUCACGUUAGUCGCAUCGAGCGGCUCAUUCACAUCGAAUUGAAGGAAUGUCGGAAGCAGAGAUAUUGUCCGAGUUGUGACAAGACUCAUCAAGAGUGGUUCGAUGUGGGAGAGGCCUCGGUAACGAAAAUCUUCCGCAAGUGGCAAGACUGGAUCAUGCAAAGACCUUAUGCGCUCGACCCCAUAACUGACACAUGGGUACUGAGACCCGAGGUGAUGCAGACGUUGGACCAGGUGUGUGAGCCGGUAGUUCUUGCCGAGAAGCCGUUACCAUUGCGUCGUGCUGCCGCAAAAGGUCCCAAAAAGCCUAAACGACGGAGUUUAUAGCGUGGCUGCAAGCUGUUGCAAGUAUGUGGUUAUAUGUCACUUCCGCC